UCUCUCUCUCUCUCUUCUCUCUCUCUCUCUCUCUCUCUCUCUCUCUCCUCUUCCUCUCUCUCUUCUCUUUCUCUCUCUCUCUCUCUCCUCUCUCUCUCUCUGUCAGAAUCUCAGUCAAAAGCUAUACUUCCAACCCACGAUCCCGAUCCUGGCUUUGCUUGCAUGGCAUUUUCUGAUUGA